GGCAGCCACCGCCCUCCUGCCUCGGGGGCUGGGCGGGCGGUGGCGGCAGCUCCGCCCCGCUGCGGGGCUGGCGGAGGCGGCUCCGUUCGCCGCUGUGACGCCGGCGGCGCUGGAACACCUGAAGGGGCGGCGGCGGCGCCUCCGGCUCGGCCCUGCCCUGCCCUCCCCUCCCCUUCGCCGCGGGCAAGUGUCUGAAGAAAACAAGAACCAUGGAAGGACAUAAGUACAAUUAUCCAAGGGAAUUUUAUGACCAAUAUGCUCAAAGCCAAGAAAAAUCUGUGGUCAAUAAAAUGCAACAAAAAUACUGGAAAACAAAACAAACCCUUAUAAAAGUUACAGGAAAAAAAGAAGAUGAACAUGUUGUGGCUUCAGAUGCAGAUCUGGAUGCAAAACUUGAGCUGUUCCAUUCUAUUCAGAGAACAUGUAUGGAGCUGCUGAAAGCAAUUGAACUGUAUCAAAAAAGGAUUUGUUUUCUUUCUCAGGAAGAAAAUGAAUUGGGGAAAUUUCUUCGAUUGCAGGGCUCUCAGGAUAAAACGAGAGCAGGAAAAAUGAUGCAAGCCACAGGAAAGGCCCUCUGCUUUUCUUCUCAGCAAAGAUUAGCACUGCGUGCUCCUUUGAGUAGAUUAUACCAAGAAGUGGAGACGUUCAGAUACAGGGCUAUCUCAGACACUUCUCUGACAGUAAACCGAAUGGAACAAUAUCGGACUGAAUAUAGAGGAGCUCUACUCUGGAUGAAAGAUGUGUCUCAGGAGCUGGAUCCAGAUCUUUAUAAGCAGAUGGAAAAGUUCAGGAAGGUUCAAGCUCAAGUGCGACAUGCAAAACUCAACUUUGACAAACUGAAAACUGAUGUCUGUCAAAAAGUGGAUCUCUUGGGAGCAAGCAGAUGCAACCUCCUUUCUCAUGUGUUAACAACAUAUCAGAUAACACUUCUUCAUUUUUGGGAAAAAACUUCACACACGAUGGCAGCCAUCCAUGAAAGUUUCAAAGGUUAUCAGCCAUAUGAAUUCACAAUGUUAAAGAGCUUACAAGAUCCUGUGAAUAAACUAACAGAAAAAGCAGAAAAGGAGGACCUGCAGAUUGAGAGCGCUAAAUCAGUACAAGAUCAGCAGAGUCAGUUGAUUUCAUUAGAUGACGAGAGCCAUACCAAGGAAUCAAACUAUUCAGCUGACGAUGGCAAGGAUGUCACAUCUACGUUACAAGGAAAUUGUAACCACAAGCAGAACUCAGGUGCCAUAGAUGACUUACUAGACCUGCAACCUGAAGAAAAUGCUUCAAAGAAUCAGUUUGUGAGGUCCUUGGAGUCAGAACCUGGUGAUAACAUGGUGUUACUGAAUGAGAUCCUCAACGCGUCCUCCCCAGAUGAUGGGGAGUUCAGCAAAGAGUGGACAGCUGUUUUUGGACAGGUUGCACUUGCUGAUCUCACCAUGAACUCUUCAGCUGGAGAUAUGGAGAGCACUUCAUCAUCUGUGGCACCAACACCAUCAGGCUACUUGCCCUCACAGCUGUUAGACCAAAACAUGAAUGACUUACAGUCAUCUUUACAUGGAUGGGCAGCUAACAGUGUGAGCCCACCGUCUAUACCACAACCAGCACAGAAACCAAACAGCCUGAAUGUGAACGCUAACAAGACGCCCUUGAAAGAACCUACAAAGAAUCCUAAAGACUUGACUGCCUGGUUCAGUCUCUUUGCUGACCUUGACCCGUUAUCCAAUCCUGAUGCUGUUGGGAAAACUGAUAAGGAACAUGAAUUGCUUAAUGCAUGAGUCAGCUGCCUAUGGUAACUCACAUUCUUCCAUUCAUCAACACUAUUUUGGAGUUUUAGAAAAAAAAAAAUAAAUGAAAAUUAGUAUGCUGUUGUGAAACUAUAAAGUAUGUGCCAUGAUAAUAAAACUAAAGGGAAUGAAUCCCCUUUUAUAUAGGUACAGUUAUUUGCUCUUGUUUUGUAUAAAGAGUUCGCGUUUAUUUUCUACGUGGAUUUACAAAAAUGAGGUUAAGAAUUAGGGCAGAUUUCUUGCCAAAUUAGAUUAUCUGAUGAAACACUGUCUUUGCCUGAGGUGAUGCGGAGCUAACACUGGAGUGAAAUACAAAUUGCAAACCUAUUUUUUUAUAAUGUUUCUUGAGUAAAUAAAAAACAUGUAACUGAGGAGGCUGCAUGAGUCAGACAUCUAUCAUGUAUAUAAAAUAUAUAUCACUGCUGUGUUAAAAUGCCAACUAGAUUUGUUUUAUUAGUACUUGCAGUGAAAAACCUUUGCCGGGGCUAAUUAUUGAAGAAAUACAAUUGGGUCCAUGCAGCCAUGGAAAUUGCGCCCUUUCUGAUUUAACUUAUUAGACAAACUGCACUACAUAAAUAGAAGUCAUGCCCAGCAGGCUUCUUUUCUGAGGUUUCUCUCCAUUGCACCAACAGAAUUUGCACCUGUUUGCAGAAGUUUCUGGCAACUGAUGCUUUACCAUGCCUUUGAAGCAUUCAUAUUUAUUUCUGUUGGGAGUAUUUUUCAUCCAGUUUCUUUCUGAAGCAUGUGUUAUUUUGAGCUUGCUGUGACAUUAACUCCUUAAUAAAAUGAUUUUGACAAAAA